CUAGGCUCAUUCUUGUUUCUCUAUCCUGCUGUGAUUCUUCUUGAUCAUCAUAAAAGAAAAUGCCUGCCAGCCUUUGUGGAACAUGGGAAAUUCUAAACAGCACCAAUCUGGAGGGAUACAUGAUUGCUCUGGGAAUCGGCUUGUACACUCGUAAGAUAGCUCUGAAGCUCAAGCAGCAUAAGGUGAUCGAGAAGGUCAGCGACAAGUAUGUGAUCAAAAGUCUCAGCUCCCUCAGGAACUAUGUGUUCUCCUUCAGAGUGGGUGAGGAGUUUGACGAGUAUACUAAGGGAUUGGAUGAGAGAAACUGCAAGUCUUUGGUGACAUGGAAGGGAAACAGGAUGGUGUGCAUACAGAAGGGUGAGAAGAAAAACAGAGGUUGGGCUCACUGGAUUGAGGAUGAUAAACUACACCUGGAGCUUUAUUGUGAGGACCAAAUCUGCAAACAAGUUUUCAAAAGAGUGGCUUAAAGCAUAACUUUGCAUCUCAAUGAGGAAGAAGUGUAGGUGACACUGUAUAGACCAAGAGCUUGUUCUCUCUGACAUGAUCAUUGUUCAUCAGGAGAGCUGGAACUCAGAGGAUCAGCAAGCUUUUGUAACUAAGGGCAAUGCUGUCAAGGCAAAAGAGAACCCCCAGUCCUGGAGAAGCACAGUGUUUACUGUUCCUUAGCACACCAGAUUGACUAAUAAGCAAUUUGUAGUUCAAUUCACAUUAUUUCUGUUCUCUAUGUCACCACUAGGAGGCGAUAUAACAUUAUAAGUGAGUUACAUUUACAGCAGACACACUUAGGCAGAGUGACUUACAUUUUAUUUCAAUGUAUACUACUAAGCAAUUGAGGGUUAAGGGCCUUUCUCAGGGGCCCAGCAGUGGCAGCUUGGUGGACCUCGGAUUCAAACUCAUGACCUUCUGGUUAUUAAUCAAACACCUUAACCACUAGGCUACCACACCCCAGUUUCUAAUAGUUUGCCUUACUGGUGCUGUAGUUUUCUAUUACAUACAUCUGUCAUUUGUUAUAGUUCGUCCAUCCAUAUUUCAUUUUAAAAUAUUUUGUCAGUUGCUCAACUCAGAUUGGGACAUCUGAGGAUUUAUCUAUCUAAAUGUCACCUACAUUCGUAAUUUUACCUUUUAAAAAGAUACGUGUGUAUGAUAUCAGUGCCAUACA